UCGUGUGGGUCACGCGAGUAACCUAACCUCUCAUUGCACGACUUCCCAUAAUUUUCCAUUAUGCCCGUUCAUUGACUUACAUCUUACAGAAGUCAUGUGUCGGCGCGCACUUGUAAUUACAAUUAACCGUCAAAAAUGAUUGCACGAUUAGAUUAAUAAUCUGUGACCAAAUACUUGAUUGACUCUACGCCAAACAGCACCAUUCCAGUCCGUUAAAAAUGUAUCAAAUCAGGAAGGUAGAAUGUGGUCUAUCUCUAGUGAGGAUCUCAAUACCCCUCAUCACUCGCUCAACACAACCGAAUGUUAUCUCUUCACCAGGUCCUAGCUACCUACGGCUGUGUCGUAGCUACGCAUCUCCUCCAUCUAAGAGACCAAAUUUUUUCACUCAGUUCGUAGAAAAUGUAAAACAAGAAAUUGCCAAGAAUAAAGAGAUGAAAGAGAGUCUGAAGAAAUUUAGGGAAGAAGCCGAAAAAUUAGAACACUCGGAAGCUCUGCAGAAAGCACGGCAAAAAUAUCAGAGUGUUGAGUCUGAAGCCUCACGUAGCUCGGAAGUUUUCAAGGACAAACUAGGUUCUAUUAAAGGCAAAGUUUCAGAAGUUUUUGAGGAGGCUAGCAAGUCUGACAUAGCCAAAAAAGCAGGACACAUCAAAGAAGAGUUGGGGAAAACAGCGAGAGGAGCAGCCGAGUCUUUAAGCGAAAAAGGAUCGAAAAUCGGUAAGACAGGGGCAUUCCAGACGAUAAGUCAAACUGCAGAAGCCGUAAAGAAAGAACUAGACAACACCUCGAUCCAUGCCACUGUCUACUCAGCGCCAAAGAAGCUAAGGAAGCGUGUGGAAGCUGCGGCAGAUUCCAAAGUUUACCAACCAAAUGAAGAUGCCACAGGAGUGGAAUUGCACAAAGACUCACGGUUUUCGCAAAGUUGGCAGCAAUUCAAAGACAACAAUCAAUAUAUCAACAAACUCCUUGACUGGAAAAUGCGAUACGAUGAGAGUGACAAUCCGAUGGUCCGAGCUUCACGAUUCUUCACAGACAAAGUCUCAAGUGCGGUAGGAGGUAUCUUUCAAAAAACCGAACUAUCAGAAACACUGACUGAAAUCUGCAAACUAGACCCUAAUUUUGACAAGAACGAAUUUCUUCUCCUCUGCGAAAAGGAGAUUAUUCCAAAUAUCCUGGAGUCAAUGAUUCGAGGGGAUUUAGACAUACUCAAAGACUGGUGCCAUGAAGCUCCAUUCAAUGCCCUCGCUACACCCAUCAGACAGGCAAAGACCGCUGGGUAUAUCUUCUGUUCCAAGGUCAUAGAUAUCGAUAAUGUCGACCUGGCAAUGGGAAAAGUCAUGGAACAGGGUCCUGUUCUUGUGAUCAGUUUCCAGACACAGCAGAUAAUGUGCCUUAGAGAUCGGAGCAACAAAGUGAUUGAGGGCGAUCCAGAGAAAAUCCUCCGUGUCAAUUACGUUUGGGUGCUGUGCCGGGAUCGGAGCGAGUUGAACCCGAGAGCCGCAUGGCGACUCUUGGACUUGUCGGCAAACAGUGCUGAACUGCUUGUAUAAAUUGUUAUUAGAGUUCUUGUUAGUGUAAUCUAAUUGAAUUUUGUUUUCAUUGUACAUUUUCCCUGUAUAAUUUUGUAAAUAGCCAUCAUGCGUUUGUACAUUUUAAGCCGUUUGUUUCUGAUCCAGUCAUUUUUUUCUAAGAAAAAAAAAUUUUAUUCUCUCUUAA